UUGACAUCCCUACAUGCCAGGAAAAAUAUACAACAUCAAAAAGAAUGCAAUGAAGGAAGAUUUGGAAUCGGUAAAAAAUAUGUACUUCGUGAACGGGAUGCUACUCAUGCUGAUAUGUGUAACACUGCUCCUCAACAAGCUGCUCUUUGUUCCCCUCGAACUGGCCUUCUUCACGAAACUAACACCGAUUCUGCUCGCGGUGUAUUUGCACGUGCUGGUCAUUCUACAAAUAAGCACGCUGUUGGCGCCCUAUCUGGAUAAGUACGGCGACAAAAAGUUUAGUGCAACGACCGGGCUUGCGUACGCUCUUGGUCUGAUAACAUUGUUGAUACCGAUCAUAUACAUUCUACGCCUGGACUUCUCGUGUGAUACGGUGCUGACCCUACUUACAGGCGUUAUUCUGAUGUGCAACACGCUCAAUAUGAUGUCAAAGCACAACAGAGAAGUACGGGCAACCAUGUAUCUCAACGCGCUGUAUUGCAUUGUCCUAGUGGUUUCUAUCAUCAUUGCGUUGGCGUUUGACCUGAACAGGCUGUGGGUGUGCCUGCCGAUAAUUAUUAUUUACGCGCUAGACCAGAUACUAAAGAGCUCAGAUCGGCCUUUUACAUGGUAUCCGAUGGAAAAGAAGGAAUCGAUUGCUUGGUUAUCGGUAACAUUGGCUGGUAUAGCCAUGUUUCUGCUUGUAGCUUACAUGUUCAAGAUCAAAUUUCCGCUAGGGUUGAACAAUUCGGUGAAUAGCUAAGGGGUGAGCUUUAAGGAGGUGGAAGCGAGUCAUUCUUUUACUAAUAAAAGCGCUUAGUUGCGAA